GUCUGUAUUUCAGCUGGGAGUCUAGUCUUGUAGUUUGUGUGUGUGUGGUCGCUCUCUGUGUCUUCCUCCUAAAGCCGCUCACUGCUGGUAUCGAAAGUGAAAGAAGACUGCAGCAGCCUGGCGGGUACACAGACGCACGGCUGAAUCCAUCCAUCCGCAAACAAGUUCACUAAUCUAAAAAAUGCCAGCACUCUCGUUUGAAAGACAUCACUAUGAAUCAUGACACUGUUCAAAUGUUCAGAGAGAAACUAGACAGCCUCAACAUCUCAGAUUAUUAUGGCCUGGACAGUCCAGGUCUGACAUGCUAUUUGAACAGCGUGCUUCAGGUGCUUUUCAUGACCCAAGACUUCCGGGAGGCUGUGAAACGAUGCUGCAGUGAAGACUCAACAAGGAUUGACACUGUGCUCGAAAAACUGUUUGCUGAUUUACAGCAAAAUCUGGCUAAAACAAAUCACGUGAUAAAGAAACUGGGGAUCUCGAACAUAUAUGAACAACGUGAUGCUGCUGAGUAUUUUGAGAAGAUCCUGUGUCUGACCAGUCCAGAGGCAGCCAAGAUAUUUAAGGGGGAACUCAAUCACAAGAUCAGAUGCCUCGGGUGCAACGAGAAAAACGAUUCCAAGAGCUUUUUUUGGAUUCUGCCACUGGCGGUGGAGGAUUUGCCUCGUCAAACUUACAGCGUGGAGAAAGGGUUGAAGGCAUUCUUCAAGGGAGAAAAAGUCUGCGGGGAAGACAAGAUGUUCUGCAACCACUGCAAUGAAAAGCAAGAUGCUGACUUUGGAUGUGAGAUGACGCACAGUCCGGAGACUUUGACCCUUCUGUUGAAGAGAUUCAGCUACGACUACAAGCGCAGGUGUUACGUCAAGCUUCACUGCAACGUGGAUGUCCCCCAAACUUUACAUGUGAAGAAUUGCAAAUACAAGCUCUACGCUGUAGUUAACCACUUUGGUAAUCUAACAGGAGGUCAUUAUACUGCACAUAUAAAAUCUUUUGAAACUGACGUGUGGUAUGACUUCAAUGACGACAUUGUUAACAGGGUUAAACAAUCACUGUUUGGAGCUGGAGACAAGUCUUUGAAGUCUCAUACAGCGUACCUCCUCAUGUACAGGAAGGUGAGCAGACAUCCUGAAACAACUUAUGAAAGCAACCAGGAGGCUCCCUGUGCACAUUCAGACGUCAAGGCCGAAGGAAGACAUGGCAAGGCCGAAAGAGGAGAGCCUGCUGUUCCUCAUCAACUGAAGGAUGAAAGCUGCAUCAUAGGGAAAAACCUAAUGCCCUUGAAUGGUGACGUGAUCUACGAUUGGAGGGAACAGACAAACCUGUCUGGGGAACUGGACACACAGUCAAACCAGGAAGCGGCAUGUGGAAGGCAGCGCAAGGAGAUGCUCAAAACAGACACUGGAGCAGAUCGAGAUAAUAUGCAAAUACAAACAUCAAAAUGUGCAAAGCUACAAAAAGAUGGAGGACUGAAACAUCAUGAGCCAAUCAGGCAGCAGCACAGUACAAACUCAGAGGAGCACAUGAGGCAUCUUCAUACCAAAAGGACCCCUACAGCAGCUUUUAAAACACACCUGUUAGACUACAUGUUCGAGCAAAACCACACAUCCCCAAAUGACAGACUGAAAUCAAAUGAGACUGUCAGUAUUGUUGCAAAGACUGGAACCAGUGAAACCUUCAAACCUGCAGAAACUGAAACUGUGAAACACAAAAGAGAGGCUGGUGUCAGUGCAUAUGUGUGUGAUUCUGAUGUAAAGUCACUGUAUGUUUCCUCUAAUGGCCGCUCUUCUUCUUCAGCUCAGUACUCAACAGGACACUUUCAAGGUCAGUGUAGAAAGAAUGAACCAACAUGGUGUAGCUGUUCACCAAACCUGUGCCGGAAGUCAAACGGUUCAAAGAAAGAUAAGGAGAAAAUACAGCAUUCUGUGACUGCGGAGAGCUGCUACAAACCUGAGACCAAACAAACUGUGAAAAAGGGAGAGAUACCUGUAAGUCCAAGAGAGAGUCUCAGAAAGAGAAGAACAGCUGUAGAGAGUAGGGACAAAGCCAAACAAGAGCCAUGGAGGUGAUGGAAUAAUCAGGAUAAAGUGAUAUGUGGUUUGAUUAUUGAGUAUUUACAUCUGUAGCUGGACUCAUGCAAAGCUGAUUCUUUUGACACUGUUGAUCCUGUGCUGCUAUCAACUGUGACAGAAACUGACUGUGAUCAAUGAUGUUUUGUGUUGAUUAAAUGUCUUGCGUGGCAUUA